AUGCUUACGUUUAUAACAUUUGCAGCAUGGUCAGCAUUCAAUCAGGUGGAUCACGAGACAGCAGACAAGUCCUUGUAUCUCAAGGAUAUGCCCACUCUUUUACUCGAGCACUACCAGAACGGUACAUUCAUCCCCGUCUAUGACAGCAGUGCGCGCAAGACCUUCAAGACGUUCGUCAUCCACAAUGGCGGCAACAACAAGCGUAACCUGAAGCAGAAUAUACUCAUUCUGCACGGUCAAGGCUCAACAUCGUUCCUCUUCAGGAACACCAUUGAAUAUCUGCGUCAGGCUAACCUCAACCCAGUCCUCAUCGACUUGCCUUGCUUUGGUUUCUCCGACUCGCUGGUAAACUGUUCAAGAUCCUACAUAUCCGAUCGUUUGGGUGACAUCCUCGACUCGCUCAAUCUUGACUCUGUGCAUCUUGUCAUGUACGACAUGUCUGCAGACAUUGGAAUGCAGUUUGCCGACAAGAGCCCAUCGCGCGUCAAGUCAGUCACCUUUGUCGAUCCCAUCGCCAACGUUGACAUAUCAAAGCAGGAUCUCUAUGUCAGAAUCGCCAGAGUACCAAUCAUAGGUAGAAUGAUCAUUAACUUGGCUACCAGCCCUUACGUCUCUUGGAUUAGAUGGAAGUACAUCCAAUUGGUUUAUCGUGUUGAGUUGGCACAGGAGUUGCUUGACUGCUACGCCUUCUCGUUAAGAUACAGGAAUAACAUUAACAACUAUAUUAGGACCAUCACCGAGUCUGAUUUGUCAUACAAGAGGACUUUCUACCUUACCUCAUCCAGAGUUUCCUACGACGUGAAAUUGCCAAAACAGGUUAUCUUGUCCACUGAAACAAUCGGAGCAACACAAGGUUCAUUCAUUCAAACAAAGUUCUCGAUGCACUUUGUCAACAUGGCCGAGUCAAAGGGAUUCCUGUUGCCAGAGGAGAUGGAGUCUGUAUUUGACUCUCACAUCACAGUUCUGAUCGAUACAAUCGAUCCCGAGCUGAGAAAGGUCAAGCCAGAACCAGAGCCUCCAGUCAGAGAGAAUCAUGGUGGUAGCGGACAUGGACACAGUCACGGUGGUGGUAGCGGUCAUGGUCAUAGUCAUGGUAGCGAUCAUGGACAUGGACACAGCCAUGGUGGUGGUGGACAUCACGGACACAGUCAUGGUGGUGGACAAAACGACUAUGGAAUGGGCGGAUAUGGACUCUAA